GCUUUGGUCGGGGCGACCGAGGGCCGUGUGAGGGCAGUGGGCUCGCGCGGCGGCGUCAUGUCCUCCGAGGUGGCCGCCCGCUGCGACGCCAAGAAGUUGGUGCGCUCGCCCAGCGGCCUGCGCAUGGUGCCCGAGCACCGCGCCUUCGGCAGCCCGUUCGGCCUGGAGGAGCCGCAGUGGGUCCCGGACAAGGAGUGCCCCCGGUGCAUGCAGUGUGACGCCAAGUUUGACUUUCUCACCAGAAAGCACCACUGCCGCCGCUGCGGAAAGUGCUUCUGCGACAAGUGCUGCGGCCAGAAGGUGGCGCUGCCGCGCAUGUGCUUCGUGGACCCCGUGCGCCAGUGCGCGGCCUGCGCGCUCGUGUCACGCAAGGAGGCAGAGUUCUUCGACAAGCAGCUCCGCGUGCUGCUCAGCGGAGCCGCCUUCCUCGUAAGUUUUGGAAACUCCGAGAAAUCAGAAACGAUGGUUUGUCGCCUUUCCAGCAACCAGAGGUACCUGCUGCUGGACGGGGCCAGCCACCACGAGAUCGAGGUCACGCACAUCUUGGCCGUGCAGCUCCUCACGGAAGGCUUCCCCGCUGGAGACAAAGACACGCACACUUACACCAGCCUCCUGGGGAGCCCGCCCGCCUCCGAAGGGGGCGCCGCGCGGGCCACGGGCAUGUCCCUGCAGUACUCGGCCCCAGGGGCGGAGGGCGUGGCCCAGCUGAAGCUGACUGCAGGGGAGGAUGCACACGGCAGCAGGAAGCAGGCCACGGCGUGGCUGGCAGCCAUGCACAAGGCCGCCAAGCUCCUCCACGAAUCUCGGGACCAGUAACUGCACGGGCUGGAGCGCGGAGCCUGCUCACUGCCUCGCCCCGACCCCAAGCGUGGUGGGAAGGCAACGCCAGGCUUUGGAGAAAGUCGUGUGCGCUUACCUAGUGCGAUACGUACACGUUUAUUAACGCUCCAAACCGCUUCCAGCGCUAGAGCCUGCGUUUUCCUGUUGAUGCCUAAGUGGGUGGAGACCCAGCUCCUCGACCGCUGAACUGUUUGUAGCAUAACCUUUGCCAUGUUUGUACGAGUCCAGGUUUACCAGGAGGUUCUGGACCCUCGUCUUCAUGAACCGUCUCACGGGUGAUCCGGGCCGUGGGCUCGGCAGCUCUGCCCUGCGCCUGCCGGAGCCGGGCUGCGGAUGGCACUAAUGGCACUAGGGCACUAAUGCGGGGCUAUGCAAGCCUUUGAUACUUCACUACGGGGGAGGAGCCAGCUGUGUGUUUUGUACUUUUCACUCACUGUUUCACUUUAUUAGAACAAUUGUACAACAAUUUGUAUAUAAAGCUUGAUUAAACCCUAUUUUGAGAA